GUGCCGCGGGCGGAAGUCGUCACUCCUUGUCAGCAGACAGGAAAUGGAGAGUGAAGGGGCCUCAUCGAUACAUUAGCAGCGGUGUUUGUGAUCGAUUACUCUGUUGAUGGUGGACUGGAGCUGAUGAACGGAACCCAUGGAGCCCCAUGAGGAGAAGCCCAUCAUCUACACGAUGGAGAACAAGCCCAUAGUGACCUGUGCGGGCGAUCAGAACCUCUUCACGUCUCUGUACGGUUCCCUGACCCAGCAGCUGCCCAGAGAACCCAUGGAGUGGAGGAGGUCGUACGGACGAGCACCGAAGAUGAUCUAUCUGGAGGCUAAUUUUGUCCAGUUUAAGGAGGAGCUGCUUCCUAAAGAGGGGAAUAAAGCUCUGCUGACGUUCCCCUUCCUGCACAUCUACUGGACCGACUGCUGCGACACGGAGGUGUACAAGGCGUCAGUGAAGGAGGACAUGCAGCGCUGGCAGGCCGCUCUCCGUCUCCACGGAUCGGUGGAUUGGCUCAUCGCGGUGGUGGAGAGCGACAACAAGAAGAAGAACAAGACCAACAUCCUGCCACGCACCUCCAUCGUCGACAAGAUCCGCAACGACUUCUGCAACAAGCAGAGCGACAGGUGUGUGUCUCUGUGCGACCCGCUGAAGGAGUCGUCCCGCUCGCAGGAGUCCUGGAGCUCGUUCCUCACCAAGCUGCGCACGCUGCUGCUCAUGUCCUUCACCAGGAAUCUGGGACGCUUCGAGGACGACAUGAGGACGCUGCGAGAGAAGCGCACCGAGCCCGGCUGGAGCUUCUGCGACUACUUCAUGGUGCAGGAGGAGCUGGCGUUUGUGUUCGAGAUGCUGCAGCAGUUUGAAGACGCUCUGGUCCAGUAUGAUGAGCUAGACGCUCUCUUCACGCAGUAUGUGCUCAACUCUGGCGCUGGAGGUAAACCCUCACGUGCUAACUGGCUGGGCUCGUUCUGUGCACCGGUGCGGAGCUGGAACGGACUGCUGCUGCGGCGGCCCAUCGACAUGGAGAAGCGUGACCUGAUCCAGAGAGGAGAGGCCAGUCUGCUGGACCUGCGCAGCUAUCUGUUCUCUCGCCAGUGUACGCUGCUCAUCUUCCUGCAGAGACCCUGGGAGGUGACGGCCCGCGCGCUCGAGCUGCUGCACAACUGUGUGCAAGAGCUGCGGCUGCUGGAGGUGUCUGUGGUCAGCGGUGCUCUGGACUGCUGGGUGUUUCUCAGCUGUCUGGAGGUCCUGCACCGGAUCGAGGGAUGCUGUGACCGCAGCCAGCUGGAGGCUAACUCGUCUCACACCGUGGGCCUGUGGACCUACGCCACGGAGAAGCUGAGGUCUCUGGGCGAUCUGUGCGGUCUGGUGUCCGAGAACGGCCCGAACUCUGAAGACCUGAACAAAACCGUCGAUCUGCUGGCUGGUCUGGGAGCAGAGAGACCCGAAACGGUGAACAGUCCUCAGAGUCCCUAUAAGAAGCUGAAGGAGGCGUUAUCGUCCGUGGAGGCCUUCGAGAAACACUAUCUGGAGCUGUCUCACGCCGCUAUGGAGAUGUACAGAGCGAUCGGGCGUCUGCGUUCGGCUCGGCUGGUGGGGAAGAGUCUGGCCGAGUUCUACAUGAGGAAGGGUGACCCUCAGAGCGCUGAGGACUUCCUGCUGGAUUCUCUGAAGUCAUACGUGUCUGAGAGCUGGAGUCUGCCGAUCACACACACACGCAAACAGAUCGCUGAGUGUCAGAAACAGCUGCAGAAGAUGGACGAAUACCUGCAGACCAGUGCUCUUCUCGCCAGCGACACAAACCUGAGCGAUGAAGAGAGGAAACACUUCUGCCAGGAGAUCCUGACCUUUGCCAGCCAGACCACAGAGGGCAAAGGUCAACAGAAAGAUGCGUGUGUGGCUCUGAGCAUGAGCUCCUUCACUCGGCUGCAGGAGCUGUGUUUUCGUCCGUCCUCGGCGCUGGUGCACGUGAGCGCCGCCCUGCUGCUGGAGCUGCGUCUCUGCAGUCUGAUGCUCCCUGUGACGCUGGAGCACAUCUCCGCCAGCAUACACUUCACAGAGGAGCAGCCGGGCUCCACGGCUCAGAAACGAGCCGCUCAGAACCCCGACAGCACCGUGACCUUCCCCACGGCCAGCCCUGCGUCUGCGUCUGCGCUCGAGCUCUGCGAGAUCCUGGAGAACAGUCCGUCUGAUAACGCUCUGAGCUCCGCCGGCCUGGCCUGCAGGAACAUGCACCUGCUGAUGCGCCGGAACGACAGCACCUCCUCGCUGGACACACCUAACACCGCACUGACUGCACUCACUCUGGAGGACGGAGCACAGAUGCUGAGGACCAGUGAUGUCACGCUGUUGCCUGGCAACAACAGCAUCGUCUUCACCGCACCUACUCAGAAGCCAGGUGUGUACACUCUCCGGCAGCUGUGUGCGACGCUGGGCCGAGUGCAGUUCAUUCUGCCUCAUCUUUACCCUGUGGUUCAGUAUGAGGUUUACUCUCAGGAGCCCUCAGCUCAGCAUCAGCCGCUCACAGGUCAGUGA